AUGUCGCGGCUGGCGAGUGCCUGGCUGAACAGCGAGUAUGCAGAUGCGGAAGCGCUGAUAACGCUGCACGAGACCGGCGGCGAGCUCAGCGACACUUGCCUGCUGGUGGCGCGGCUGCCGGUGCACCGCCUCAUCCUCGCCGCGGCCAGCCCGUACUUUGCGGCCCUGUUUGAGCGGUGGGCGCAGCGCCACCACGACACGUGCGAGCGGCCCGCUUGCGUGCUGCACGUGACGGCCCCAGAGGACGUCCCCGCUGCCGUGGCGCUGCUGCGCUGCUGCUACACGGGAACCUUUGAGGAUCUGGUCCAGAGCGGCAGCAGCGCCCCCACGCUGCUGCUGGCCCCGGCCGGCCACAACAAAGGCGGCACCUGCGGCAUCGACGCCGCCUCGAGCGGUCCCGCCGCGGCAGCCACGUGCUGGCAGCAGCUGGCAGUGCGCACCCUGGUGCUCGCUGAUCGCCUGGAUGUUGCAGGUGUGGCUGAGAGCUGCGUCUCGGCGCUUUCGGGGCGGCUGUUUGCGCACCAGAUGGAAUGGGAGUGCGCGAUGGCAGCGCUGUGGCUUCUGCCCGAGCCGCUGGCACACCAGCAGAUGGUGGCGCCUCUCAGGCGUAUGGCGCAAGUGCGCAUCGCACGGGAUGCCGCCGGCACUGCCGCGCCGUGA